AUGUUUCCUUGGUCAGCUGUUUUUUCCCUUGAGCCCAAAGUGCCAGGCCAGCGCAGCUCUGAGGAGUUGGUGACCAAUACUCUGAUGUUAGAGCUGGGGGCCAUGGUGAAACGCACAGAACGGAUCCGUUUGGAACGGGCGACGGAGGGCCGACGCCGCCGUCGCAGCUCCUCCUCCACAGCUGACUACAGCUGGCUGGCCACGCCCCCGACCCCACAGCCCUACGAGCUGACGCCCAACGACCUGCUGGAGCUGCAGGACCUCUGUGCCAAGAUCCCUCCUGCGCAGUGCGGCCCUCUGAUCGUCAGGUUCAGGAGGCUGGUGUCCCAGAUGGAGCCUGAUGUUCAAGAGGUCCCUCGGCUGUUUCGCUCGGUGCUGCGCGAGUGCAUGGACGAGGUGAACGGAAAUGAGGACUUGCAGACGCAGGACGCCGUCUUUGAGAAGCAGCAGCGCAGCAAGAGCCUCUCUUUCGUGACCUUCCGCAGUAAGUUCCGCACGGGUCAGCUCUUCAGGGGAGGCAACCUGAGAGGCUCCAGGGGGAAUCUGGAGCAGCAGGUGGAUUGGUCCGACGAGGAGGACGUGGAAGGGGAGGAGGAGGAGGAGGAGGAGGCCAUCAAGGCCAGGGCGAGGAAGGGGAGAAGCAGGAGCAUGCCGGAGAUCAGCCCUAUGGAGCAGAGUGCCCAUGGGUGA